UGCCUAUCUUGAAGCAAAUAUAUCGCCCACUCCAUCUGUGUUCAAUAAAAUGAAUGGACGCGGGGAAAAAUGUCUGAAAUUAGCUCUGGCAAAGAAAAGCCCUGGCAUAGGCCUAGAGCAAGUUUCCAACGAUGCUGACACAGGAUCUGUACACGAAAGAGCCAGUGACUCUUUGCAGAGGCAGAGUACAAACAUGGAAGAGGACUCUCAUACCUCUUUGGAGGGAGAACCAUCUGCUUCUAAAGCCCGUCUAAACUUAGUUUCUAAUGAACAUUUUACCACUUCUGAUUUGGACGGGAGCUACUACGAUAAUUCUAAUGUUCAAUUGCCUAAGGACACGACGUGCGAUGAUGAAUCAAACAGUUCUUCCUCAGAAUCAAGCAGCUCUUCCUCAGAAUCAAGCAGCUCUUCCUCAGAAUCAAGCAGUUCCUCCUCUGCUUUAGUGGAUUCAGACGAUUCUGUUGAAGACAAAGAUUAUGUUCCCGAGUCACAAUUAUUGGGUACUACAGAAAAAGACCAGAGUAAUGACAGUGAUGAAUACUCAGGAGAUCAGUGUGGUAAUGAAGGCAUCCUCAAUAGUCCAGUGAAGAAAAAAGGUUUUAAAAGAAAGAGAAACCCACAAACAUGGUACAGAAAUGCACCGAAAAAGCUUAGAAAUGAAGGAAAAGCUUACAAGAUGGCGUCAAAGUAUCACCGGGAGAAACCUGCAAGAACAAUGAAGCCUCCUUGCACUGAAAAAUGUAGGCUUAAGUGCUUUUCAACCUUUUCAAAUGAAGAGAGAGAAAGAAUUUUUAAUGAUUAUUGGCAAUUAGGGUCUUUAGAGAAGCAACGAUUAUUCAUAUUAAAUUGCAUGGAACAAAUCCAGCCAUCUUACAGAUACAUUCGUGUUGGUGGAAACCGACCUCCAAGGAAGCUGAAUAAUGCUUUUUCCUUCAAUGUUGAUGGUGAAAAAAAGAGAGUUUGCAAAGUAUUUUUCAAAAAUACUUUAGAUAUCAACGACAGGCCUAUUCGCACAGUACAAGAGAAAAGGGCAAAAGUGGUAGGAGUCCUUAUGGAGCCUGAAAAAAGAGGACAGCACACCAAGACUAAAGGUCUUGACCAAUCUACUGUGGACAAAGUAUGCAGAACACAUCGAUUCAAUCCCAAGAAUAGAAAGCCACUACAUGAGAGCCAAUACAUCGAGACAAUUCAUAGAUGGCAGUAAAAC